AUGCCUUCCCCAACUGUUGAAACUGUGGAGUCCUCUGAAGAUGAGGUGGAGAUAAACCAAUCUGCAUUCCUCCCUAACCAAGAUGAGGCUGAUGGGUUGAACAAUGCUGGUGGUGGUGGCAUCCAGGGGAGCGACUUUUUCAUUCUCCCCACCCAAUACUCCAGUAGUGAUGAGUCUGAAGAUGAGGGGGAGGUGCAAAAGUUGACAGAUUUGACAAGCGAUAGCGACAAUCCCGUGGAGAAGGUAAGAGCAGCAAAAAGAGUUAAGAGGCAACAGGACAGUAAGCGAAAAGCUGAGAACUAUCACAAUUGGUUAAAGAACGGGGCUUCCUCUAAGUCAGACAGUAGCCAAGAGGAGAACCGGGAUUAUUGGACCCACAGUACAGCGGGAAGCAAUAGUGCACCAAAGAAGAAUCCAGCGGUGACAGCUGGACUUAAAAAAGUCCCUCCCUCUAAUAGUAAAGACCCUCCAAAGAAAUCAAUUACCCUUAAAUCCGCUGUUGGUAGUCUUGGGCUAGAAGUAAAGAACACCGGGACUAUUGUUAAGAACCACACUUCUCGAAAGUUCAAAGAGUUUACGAAAUCUCAGAAAAAGAUGCACGAGGAACUUAAGAAGCAACAAGAGGACCUCAUUCGCUUAUGGACCCAUACAAGAGAUAACUCGCAUGUCUUGUUGAAGCUGAUUCGUGGAGUACAAUCAAGUGUUAACGCAAUUUUAAAAAGAAAUUGUGGACAAGUGCCCCCACAAAAAUGA